AUGCCUCCAACGCGCAGUGCGCGCAGUGCGAAAGCACCUCCGAAACCGCGGGCCGUAGGGCCGAAGACCAGGGCGGCCGAGGCCAAGGACGAGUCGUCCGCGCUGAUGGAGGCCACGAAGGCGGCCGAGGAGGUGGUGCGCUCUCGUAGCAGCACGCCGGAGAGUGGCCGUCAGGCCGGGGCUCGGAGCAAGUCUCCUGACGCCGCGCAAGGCAAGGAGGAGAGUCCUCGGGGCCAUAAAAGCCCGGCUCGCGACUGGGAAGCCGCCGUCUUUGACUGCACGAUGGUCCAGUACUCCGGUGAGAGUUCACCCGACGACGAGAACGUCUCGGAGGGCAGCACGCACGCUGCCGAAGGCACGGAGCUGGCGGCAGGCGACAUGACCAACGCCUCGGCCGACGCAAAGGCCUCGUCAGAGAAGGAGGCGGAGGACGCCGAGUCCGGCUCAGGCGACAGCAAGCAGUCGCACGACGAAGUCGCCAUGGCCGACGCUGGGGUCGUGGCCGAGAAGUCGCCGAGCGACGCGGGCUCCAAGCCCAAGGAGGUGCUGGCAUCCAAGCAUCUGGCGCUGGCACAAGGUCGUGAGCGUGCCCAAGCGUCGAAAGCGGCUGCCGCUGCGAAGGCCGCCGAGGCCAAGGCGAAGAAGCGUUCAGCUUCCAGGUCGCCUCGCGGCUCCAGCUCCAAGCUGUUCAUCGACUCGGAGUCCGAGGACGAGGAGGGUGCCGUCCACGAGCCCAAGGAGCUCUCCAACAACCUCGACGAGCAGCAGCAGCAAUACCACGCUGCUAGCUCGGGUGCGUAUGCCAGGCAGCCGACUGCCACGACUGCCAUCGAGUCUUCUUCAGGCGGGGAUGCCACGUACCUGCAGGGCUACUUCCCGCCCGAGCCUGGCACUGGUGCGCCAGCGCUGUUGGAGAAGCUCUCGGCUCCUCGUGGCCUUAUCGGCGGGUACACCUCGAGGGCACCACACAAGCUCACACUGAAGGAGUUCACCACGCUUCGCAAGAAGCCGGAGGACAAGGGUGGACUCCAUCCUGUGUGGGGUUUCCACUGGGUCAAGCCGAAUGACAACAUGACCUGGAGCGAGGUGGAAGACCUCUUCUGGCGCUACGUCCAGAGCAAAGGGUAUUCAGACCAAGAGUUCAAAGAACUCGUGAGGAUCGCACUCUGUCCGCAAUCCUGGACGUGCGCGAGCUCCGCAUCGAGUUCGCUCAACUCGUGA